AUGGCCGCUGUCAACGUGGUUAUAGCCGUUGCUAACAAUGAAGCAAUUGCUCCUCUGUCGGACUUUGGGACUAACCUAGCCUUCUGUUUUUGUUCGGCAUCUUCGGCAAUCACUUUUUCCGUCACUACUUCUUACCAAGCAAUCGAUCAGCACUACGACAUUUUCUUUUGGUUUGUUGCUGGCGUUGGAGUACUAGAGAUCAUACUGGCGCUCACACUGGAAGACAUGGCAUGUCCUUUGAAAUUGAUGCGAGGACGCUUCUUCGCGUCAAGCAAAUUGAAAAACAAAGAAUCAGAGGGUCGACCCCAAGCUGGAGAGGAAGGCACAGCAUCUUAA